AUGGGACUUGGCAGAGCUGACGGGACAACAGAUGGACACAGUCAUGGACUGACCUACACACACACACACACACACACACACACAUACACACACACACACACACACUGGACACACACACAUAUGUCAUCCUUCCUCUCUCCUCUUACUCAUUACUUCAUCACUCUCCCUGUGAGCAUUUAUGCUUCACACUCUGCAUCCGGUGUCAUUCAGGCCUCACUCCUGUCUGUCCACCUGUCUGUCCCUCAGGAUGAAGACUCCUCUCAGCCCCUCUCAGCUCCUGAAGAGGGGGCAGAUCUUUGCCUUCGGAGGGAUGUGUCAGGAGUUGAUGGACCCUCCAACACCUGCAACCAUCAGUCUCUCUGUCCAGCAGACUCCAUCCCCAGGUCAGGGUGGGGCCUAUUCGCUUUGUGAGGUGUGUAACCUGCAGCUGACCUCUGCUGCUCAGGCCCAGCUGCACUACAAUGGCAGGUCUCACCUCCGGAGAGUGAGACAGCUCCAGGCUAGAGAGACAGGACAACAGUCAACAGCAGGGGUUCAGUCUAGGUCUCUUCCCCAGGCUGCAGGGCUCAGCUCCCAGCCUGCAGGACUCACUCCGACCCCAGGCCUUAGUCCAAGCCUUAGCGCUUCAUCCAGCACGGCAGGAGGUGGGUGUGGUGCAGUGGGCGGGGCAUUGCCGGGGCUAAUUGGUGCCAAUGGUCCCUCGGUGAUGAUGAAACCGUUCCUGACGUUUCCUGUCGAGACAACAUCACCAGUCGGACUGUUCCCAAACUUUAACACGAUGGACCCGGUGCAGAAAGCCGUCAUCAACCACACCUUUGGCGUUACCUUUAUACCCAGGAAGAAACAGGUCAUCUCAUGCAACGUCUGCCAGCUGAAGUUUAACUCUGAUUCUCAGGCAGAAGCUCAUUUCAGAGGCAGUCGUCACGCAAAGAAGCUCAAGUCUCAGGAGAACAAGACCAAGGCCAAGCUGUCAAUCACUGGAGAGACCAAUGGGAGCAUCACAAGUCCAGUUUGCCCCGCCCUUCCUGUCUCAGAUAACAGAAGCAACGAUCAGCACACAGAUCUUUUAUCUAGCCCCACGGACUCCUUUCCUCUUAAACCCUUCCUCCUUCCCUCCUGCUCCUCUCUCUCCUCUGCCUCCCCCUCCUCUAGCAGUGAGCCUCCUCCCUCCAGUCCUCCCACCGCUCUCCCCGCCUCAGGCCUCUUCUUCUCUUCCUCUUCUUCCCCCUCUUCCCGAGCCUCUCCGCCUCAUCCUCUUCCAGCUCCUGUCACCUCCUCUUCAUCCCCAGCUGCUCAUCCUCCUCCUUCCCAGGCCUCUACCCAGGAUUCUCCUCUUUCAGUGGAGUCGGAGGAGGAAAAAGCGAAGAAACUGCUGUACUGCUCUCUGUGUAAAGUCGCCGUCAACUCUCUGUCUCAGUUGGAGGCUCAUAAUGCAGGCUCAAAGCACAAGACGAUGCUGGAGGCUCGGAGCGGUGCCGGGCCAAUCAAGGCCUACCCUCGAGCCGGAGCCAAGCUGAAGAACAGCAGCAGCUCUGCACUGAAGGGCUCCGGCCUGCAAAACAAAACCUUCCACUGCCAGAUCUGUGAUGUCCAUGUCAACUCUGAGAUCCAACUCAAACAGCACAUCUCCAGCAGGAGGCACAAGGACAGAGUGGCAGGAAAACCAAGCAAACCCAAAUACAGCCCUUAUAACAAACAGCAGCGCAGCUCACUUACUAAGGAUUUGGUGAAGCCCUCCCUCUCUCCCUCCUUCCUCUCCACUCCAUUUUCUCAGCCGCCCUCCUCCCUUACCUCCACCAUCUCACUACCUUCUUCUUCUCUCUCCUCCUCCCCCCUCCUCACUCCCACCUCCUCACCCCUAACCCCUACCAUCUCUCUCCAUCCUCGUCCUCUAACCACUUCAUCCCUCUUCACCGCCUCCUUCCUGCGUCCAGCUCCUGGACCAAUCAGAGCAAGCCAAGGAUCAAUCCUUUUCACUCCCUACUGAUGGCAGCGUUGGUGGUGAGGAGUCAAACUGUUGACCUUUGACCUCCAUUUUAAUUGGAGAGAGGGAAGAGUCGAGAAGAGACAUCAGCUCGGCCAUCAAGGCUGCAAGGAUUCAAACCUGCAACCUUCAAAAGGAAACUUGAAAGGACAGACCCGCCUCCUUCUGUCUGGAUCUUCUUCUUGGGUCUGAAACUUCACAACUGACUCAACAGCAACCUGUGAUGAUUUUAUCCAAACCACAAAGGAACAGUGGCUGAAAGGCUCCCACACAUAAAGAAAAAUAUUUUUUAGUAAGCAAUAAGUUGUCUUGGGGAAAAACAAUCAGUAUGCCGCUUUUUUGAUGUCCCCAUUUGUCAUUUUGAUGCUCCAGAUUCAAAACAUCCAAAAGAAAGUAAAGCAUUCAACUUGUGUAUGGAAACAUACAGUAGAGAAUAUUUAUAUUUUUCUUUCUUUGACAUUUUUACCAAAAAAGCACCCCAAAGUAUCUCUUUGUGGCAGCCCAAAUGUACUGAAAAUAAAGCUGUAGUUUGUUUUUAAUGUAUUUUGUUUUGACCAAGGUAACAAGGAUCAGAACCAGGAUUUGUGAGGAACUGGAAUUGACAAGCAGAAUUUAAAAAACGUCUCAAUGAUAACCGAAAUCUAGACACAAAGGUGGACAAGUUAGUCAGGUCUGGUUGUGUCGGGUCCUCAGAGUUUGGAGGAGUUUUUUUUUUGUCUAAACAAAUCUCCUCUGAAAACAGACGCUCUUCUUGCUCCUGCUGGAGGAGCUAACCAGCACCAACCUGAUGUCAGACGUCCUCAUGAACAAAUACUACUGCAGAUGUCUUCAUGUGCCUCAGGUGUCCUCCCUCAGACGUCCCUGCACUCAUGUUCAACUCGUUCCUAAGGGUACAGCAGAAAACUAAAUUGAAAGAUAAGGCAAGCAUUUUUCUAAAUAGUUCUUAUUGUCACCAAAUCCCUUGAAAAGACCAAAACCAACAAUGUGUUCGUUUUUCAAUACUUUACUUAAUCAAUACAUUUAACAAGCUUAUUCACUCUCCAUGAGGUAAAACUAAAUAUAAACACUUCUCUGGAUGCUUUUAGUUUUUUUAGAGUUUAUCUAAAAACAUAUUCACACCAAACUUUUUCACAACUUUCAAUUAACAGUGUGAUCUGUCCGUCCAUCUAAUACUGGUCUAGAGACAUUACACAAACCCUUUCCUCUAGUGCCACCCUCAGGAUACACAUGCUACUUUUAGCUCUUAAGGCUCUAUGUACAUCUUAAUAUAAGCAAGUUAUGUGUGACAAAAUGAUCACUGCCACAUACCAGCUUUAUUCUGAACUUUUCAACUGUUCAUUCAGUCUCUUGGGGCUGAGGUAUAUUUGGGUUUUUCUCCCGGUCUCUUUCACACAAUAUAUUCAGUAUACAGUAUAUGUAGUUACAUAUUCGGUAUACAGUAUAUACAGUUAUUCCUAUUAUGACAGGAGCCUGUUAUUAUCAUGGACCUUGUUAAACACACCACAUACAAUCACAUAUUGACUUUUGACAUCUUGGUACAGAGAAAUACGUUGUCUAACCAUUUGCAGCCUGCCAGACACUUAACUUUGAAGGACUUAAAUGCUUUGUUUUUAUAGAUAGUAUGGCCGCACGUGUGGGUUUGAAAGCUAAGGGGAAAGCUCAUAAGUGAACAUUUGAGUUGAGUUGAUUAUUUUGUCACAUUAACUGAUUUUCCCUGCUUAAAGUCAGUAUAUUGUUUUGCCUGUCCAUCAAUUUCAUUGUGUGUAGUGAACCCUGCAGUCUCUAGGGGGCACUAGCAGAAUUGUCUAAUGUUGGUCUUGUGUUUACUAACAAACAACGUUGCUAGUGGAUUGCUUUUGCAAGCAUUUUUUUGACCUCCAUAAGGUUGUUUGACAGUCGUGAAACAGCUUCACAGAACCAGGAGAAACCAUAAAAAACUUAACACGUUAAACUUAUACACGAGGUGUAAGAGCUCCGCCUCCAAGAUGAUGUAACGGGGGAGUUUGUUGAGAGUCUACUUCACUUUGCAGGCGCUUCUCUUAUUGGCUAUCAGUAAGUUCAAUAAUUUAACCAAUUAGCUCAACUAAGGGAGAGUCACUUGUUCUUCUCUGCAAUCAAUUAAUUCAAAAGCAUCUGAGAAAAUGGUGCUGCAUUUAUGUGCUUCUCGGAUGGCCCCAUUUCCUGAGUUGGGAAGUCGUAAUGUGGGAACAACAUGGAUGCUACAAAAAUGUUGUAUUUUAUUGCUCAGAGCAUUAAAACAACAUACUGUCUCAAGUUUAAAUCUAGUAUGAAGCUUUAUAAUAGUGACCAUCUUGUGAUGUCACAACAGCCGUGGGGCUAAAUUGGGCCAGUGUGUAAAGUGUGUGUGUGUGUGGGGGGGUGGGGGGGGUGGGGGGGGCUUUCUUACUUCUUCCAGCGGCCUUGCUCGGACCACACCCUUUUUUGACCUUGCCCUUCAUUUUAAUGUCAACAACACACAUGUAAAGUUCCGUGACUGCAUUUUGCACAGUCAUUUUGCAAGAUAUCUCAGUGACAGUAUGUGGUUGCAGAAGUCAGGCCAGUGGCGUAAAGUGUGGGGCCGGGGGAAGGGGGGGGUGUUUAUCACCAAGCCAGGAUUUCCUUUUGUCCGCCAUGUUUCUGCUUAAUAUGACGUCAACUCGAUAAGUCUUGUUCCAUUUUUCCCAGUCUGGAACUCUUUUUUUAGUCUAUACCGACACCACAUGAAUGCAUCGUGAAGCGGUCAGUGUUGAAAGGGCGUUGAAUCUAAAGUGGUGAAAAAGACUUAAAGGAUAAGUUCACAGUGUAUUUACAGCCAGUAUGGACAGGAGGAACAAUUAUAUUGACCAAUAACUCUUUAAAACAACAUAUGGGCAUGUGAGUGUUGUAUUAGUACUCUAAUCUAGUAUCUUUUUUUUUUUAAAGGAAGCACUUGAAAAUCUACAAAUAAAUGUCAGUAAAUUCAUUGCUGCUAUUUUUGUAAAUACAAAAACAUAUUUAUAAGCAGUUAUUUAAUUAGUAAUUAACCUUUCAAAGUAUUUUUUCGAGCUUAAAGUUAUUAAAUGGUGUAAUGAACAGCAUACAAAUUGAGUGCACAAAGGUUAUUUUUAAGCAAUGACCUACAAAGUCUAUAUCUAAACAUUUUGGUUUGACACGUCAAAGCCAUGCCAAUGAAAAGACAGUUUAAGGAACAAUGUGUGGACAAGACUUUAGACUGGAUCAAAUACAUUGGAAAUAAAACAAGCAGAAAUCUUUGUAUAAUGAAAGUGAUUUUUUAUUUUCUAUGGUGUCACAUGGUCAAUAUUUUCCUGUCUGUCUUCCUGCCUCCUCCUGAAGAACUUGAAGCAUCUCAGUCUUCCAAUUAUGAACAAAUAGAUUUAAGGACAAUAUGUGUUUGUGUGUUUAUCUAUGCAGUAUUUUGGUUUCAUGGUGCGGUAUCUGUUAUCCAUCACAUCAACAUGCAAACUGUAAAAAGAAGACAAAGUGUCAAUUCAAAUGUUGCUGAACUUUCAAAAACGAAGCUCUGAACUCUUUAACUGAACUUCCUUGUCUGUCUGAUGAUGUCAUCAUGAUGCAAUAAUGUACAGAUCAGCUGCUGCUUUUCUAUUUGCUCUGCUUCCCGAUCAGCAAUACUGAGCCCUGAGAGUCUUGACAUGGGAUUCGAGUCUUGACACUGGGACCGAGUCUUGAAACUGGUCAAGUCUUGAUACCGGGCCAAGGGCUGAUACUGGGGCUGAAUUGCAAUACUGGAAUGAAAUGGAAAAGUUGGAGUUGAUAUUAUGUAAACUUUUCUAUUUGGUUUAAACUGUCAAAAUGUUUUUGCUGAAAACUGAGAUUGUGAGUGUGUGAGUGUGAGGGCAUGCAAAUGGAAGUGUUUAAAGGAGCCGUUCACCUAAACAGCUGCACACAGGACCCAACUCAGAACCAGACAGGAGUUGUUUUUAACACGUGUUUAGUUGGACAUUUUUUGUGUGUUUUCCCCCUCACUGAAUAUAUUUAAAAAGAAUAAAUCCUGAUUUCCAAAAUCGUCAAAGCUGUUUAGGCAAUUUAUUUUUGGCAUUGUUGGACAUGAAUGUCAUAAUAAUCUUUCAGCCUGUUGUAAUUCAAGUGGUCUCAGAGAAAACUACACUUCUGUACUUCCUCUUGGCUCUGUUUUCAGGCUUUACGAUGUGUUCCAUUUGUGCUCGGAAGUCGGAUUUUCUGAGGUCAAAGUCGGAAACAUGCCCCCUGACCUCAGAUUUUCAAGCUUGGAACUCAAACAACCACACAAUACCCCGAGCUAAAGAUCCAACAUGGAUGCUCCAUGCGUCAACGGUAGCAAAAGUUGUAGCAAUAUACAGUUAUAAGCACUUCUGUGUUAUUUAUAAGUCGUACGUGCAGCGCUGUCCAUAUUCUAUCUGUGGGCAUGUUGUUACGGUGUUUGUUAGCACAGUAAACUGCGUAAUCCGUUGUUAUAAAAUGGCAUUGCUAACAAUGGUUAAGCUGGCUAGAGCUAAUGAUAACAAUGACAAUCCAACUUG